AUGUUGAAAAAUCUGGUAUUUUUUCUAUGGUUCCUGUUACUUAAAUCGAUUGUGGUAAGUGCGGAGAUACCAACGACGACGCUUCGUAGAACUAUAGUGACUACAUCUGGGAUAUGUAAUUCCAAUACUCCCGUAACUACUAAUGCAGGAUGUACUGCAUAUGUAACUAUUACAAACACCCAAUAUAGUACUGCAACAGUAACAAAUAGCAUUGACGUUACUAAUACUGUUGACGUAACUAAUAAUGUUGAUGUAACUAAUACCCAACAGGUUUCUAUUGUAGUUACUGAAACCAGUUACCUCACGGCUACAUUAUAUUCAACACAACAAUUGGUACAAACUACAACGGAAACCUUAGAAGUCAGUACCAUUGUCACAGUUACAGAACAUACUACAUCUUUGGUUGCUUCUACCCAACCUGUAUAUGCCACGAUUACAAAUACUAUUGAAGUUAGUAAUGUCGUAACUGAAACUGUUCAGGAAACAGAAACAGUGACGCAUCAACAAACUAACAUUGUCACUUCAACACAUGCUAUCACUGAAACGGUAACAGAAAUAGGCUCUUCUGUUGUAACUUCCACCCAACAGAUUACAAAAACAGUCACUGACACUCAGCUAGUUACUUCUAAUGUUUUAAGCACUAAAGAUGUUAUAUCAACAAUUUUCAACACAGUCACUGGUACAACUGUUGUUACGAGCACAUCUAUACUCCCAUCCACUUCGGUUACUACAAGUAUACACGUUUCUACUGCCUAUGAAACAGUUGCUACCACUAUAACUCAUAGUGAAAUUGGAACAGUUAACGUUACAAACACCAUUAAGGAGACAAGUACUGUUAUUGUGACUUCAACUGCCAAUACUUCCUUGACCGUAAAUGUAACCGAAACCAUUAAAUCAACAGAAACGAUUGAUAUAACUAAAACACUAACAACUCAACAGAUUAAUACUAUCACUAAAACUAAUAGUAUCGGAAAACCUAUUACAGAUGUAGUUGAAGUAACUACCAACGUAUCUGUAACUGAGAUUGUUACUGAGACUGUUGAAAUUACGAAGACUGAUAGCAUUAAAAGUACUAUAACUGCAACUUCAACUAUCUUAACUACAGAAGAAAUUGAUUUAACACAUACAAUUGAUUCUACCCAUAGCAUUCUAACUACCAAUACUAUCAACACUACUAGAGUGUAUGAAAAAACUGAGACCAUUGAUUCUACGCAUACUGUCGAUGUCACGUCUACUUACAAUGUCACUCAAACCAUUGAUGUUUCUAAGACUACUGAUAUUACAGAAACUCAUGAAUUAACUAAUACCUAUAACAUUACCAAGACCAACGAAGUUACUAAAACAAUUAAUACUUCAGAUACCAUUCAGGUUACAAAUACUAUUGAUGUUACAUAUACAUUUAAUAAAACAGAAGUAAAAGAUGUCACUGAGACCCAUGAAGUGACAGAAACAAUGGAAUUGACAUCAAUUAUUGACCAAAUACAUCUGGUAAACCUAACUAGCACAUUAUUGACCACCAACAUUGUAGAUGUCACACAUACACAUGAGGUUCAAACUACCGUAGAGAUAACAAAUACUAUUCCAACAACUUCUACAAGUUCUUUGACAAGUACACAUAAUGUUUUGAGUAUUAUUGAAGAGUUUGCAUACGUUGAUCUUUUCAAUACAAUUAAAUCAACUACUUCUUUGGUCAUUACCAAUACUGUAAAUAUAACAAAUAUAAUAGAGGAAACAAAAACAUUUGAUGUUACUGAAGUACAGGGCGAAACAUAUACUGUUAACAUCACCAAUGUUAUUCCAUUAACUGAAACAAUUGAAGAAACACAUACAUUGGAUACAACAUUAACAACUGCAACUACUGCAACUAUAGAAGUAGCAGAAACUACUGAAAUCACAGAUACCGUUGAAUUUACUAAGUUUAUGACUUUAAAUGCAACACAGAAUGUAACAAGAACUAUUGAUACUACAGAAACACGAUUGAUAACAGAAACACUUCACACAACAGAGACUAAAAAUGAAUUUUUCACCAUUGAUGUUACCAAUACAGUUGCCUUUACAAAUACUCAUAAUGUAACACAUACCUAUAACAAAACUGACGUAUUUGACACUACUGAAUAUGAAGUCGUUACUAAUACUGUAGAAAUAAGCAACAUUUUGACUACUACCGGUAUAUAUAAUUACACAUCCAUCAUUGAUACUCUCCAUAUUAUUGAUGUGACAGAAACUUUAAACUAUACUAACAUCAUAAAUGUGACACACACUAUUAAUGAAAUUAUCACAGAGGAUAUUACUGACAUGACAAAUAUUACUAAAACUUCUACAAUUGUUGACAACAAAACUAAUGAUUUAUCAUGUAUUAUUGGAAAUUCAACUAUUACAGAAGUUGUUACUACAACAUUAACACCUUCUAUUAUUUAUAUUACAACAGAUAACAUCACCGUAACUACUGUGAUUACAUCUCCAAUUACCACUUUAGUCCCAUCUCAAAAGAGUACUUAUACAACAAGUAUUCCUAUUACUAAAUCUGAAACUGUAACUGUAAUUGAAGGGUCUGAGGUUGUGAUUACCACCUCAGAAACUAAAACAUCUGUUGGUGAAGGAAGUAUUUCCAUAGAUAUAGAAACUUCGACAAGAUCGUUAUUGCUUUCAACAUUAUCUCUUGAAACAACUACAACUACAUUUUUAUCAACUACUCAAAUACCGAUCCAAAGUGAAUAUACAUAUGUGAUUACCAAAACAAAUUCUGACAUUAUUAGUGGGAAAUCUAAGACGGUGACAGGUUAUACCAUUAAAACUCAAGAAAUUACAAUUACAGAAUCAACACUAACUUAUUCUCAAGAAAUAUUGACAAUAACUACAGAAGUUAUAAGUUCUAAACUUGUACCAUCAGUUACAUUUACAAAUCCAACGGAAGAGAACCAUAUAUCGGUUACUUCAAAUAGUGAUUUAAGUACCACUUCAUUGUCAGCUCCAAGUGAUGUUGUAUCAAGAACUUCAAUCGGUACUGAAUCAGUAACCUCGGAUAUUAAUCAUUUUUCCUCUAGUAGUUACACCAUGUCAGAAUAUACUGGUGGUGGUUCUAUAUUAAGUUCCAACUUUACGUUUAUUAUUUUAUCGUUCGUAUUAUAUUUUGUAUAG